UAUUCAUCAUAACAUAACAUGUGGGAUGUGGCGGCUAAGGCCUAAGGCUGAGUGGGCCCGAGUCCUCAUCAAUCACGAGCUGGGCUGUCCAAGUUCGUCGUUCCGUUCCGUGCCCGACCUUCCCCACUCGCCCACCCUCUCGCUCGCUCGCCAGCCAUUAUCCCCUGCGCUGAACAGUGGAGGAAGCUAGAAGAGUCCAGAGAGAGAGAGAGCAUGGCCAGCAGGAGCUUCCUGAUCCGGUCCCCCAAGGAGGAGGAGUCCAACGCCGCCGUCAGAGAGGCUGUACUACUGGGAGCAAAGAACGGUGCGAUAGCUGGUACUGUGGUGGCGGUUCCCACGUUGGUUGGCUGCCGUGUUCUUCCUUGGGCUAAGGCUAAUCUCAACUACACUGCACAAGCACUCAUCAUAUCCGCAGCCUGUAUCUCUGGCUUCUUCAUCACUGCUGACAAAACCAUUCUACGGAAUGCACGACAAAACACCAUUGGGAAGCUUGACAAGUCAACUUGAUGCAGAGAUGUAUCUGAGAAGGUUCUCUGGUUGAUAGGGUACCUUUUGCCCCAUAUGCAGUGUCACCAUUUCCCUUUGUGGACAAGCAAAUUUUCGGUGUUUAGCUACUCAAGCCAAAGGUUGUGUUGUAAAGACAUGCUACCUGAUGGACCCAACUAUUGUAUCCAGUUUACUCCCAAUUUGAAUCAGAAUAAAAGAUGGUGCUAUGGGUUGCAUAUGCUUGUGUAGUCAUGGCUCAGACCCUUGUUUUGAACA